CAGAUGAGAAUUACCAUGACCUGGAUGACGGAGAAUCUUCAUCAACAAGACCCGAUCUACCCCAGUAAUCCUACCUGGUCCAGAUCCAGACCUCUCAACAUGUCCUUCAGCAGCAGAUCCUACGGUCAGAGGACCAUGAGUGUCUACGGUGGAGCAGGCGGCCGUGGCACCCGCAUCUCCUCAGGCCAGAUGAGCUACACACCAUCAUCAUCAUCCGGAGGCUUCAACCUCUCCGAUGGCCUGGACCUCCACGUCGGUGCCAACGAGAAGGCCACCAUGCAGAACCUGAACGACCGUCUGUCCUCCUACCUGGAGAAGGUGCGCACCCUGGAGAAGGAGAACGAACGCCUGGAGAGGCAGAUCAGAGAGUGGUACGAGAAGAGGACUGUCAUCUGCCACGACUACAGCCACUACUUCGCCAUCAUCGAGGACCUGAAGGACAAGAUCCGUGUUGCCUCCCGGCUCAAUGCCAAGACAAUCCUGGACAUCGACAACGCUAAACUGGCUGCCGAUGAUUUCAAAAUGAAGUAUGAGAACGAGCUGGCCAUGAGGAUGGCCGUGGAGUCAGACAUCGCUGGACUGAAGAGGGUGCUGGAUGACAUGACCCGGACCAAAAUGGACCUUGAGAGUCAGUACGAGUCCCUGAGGGAGGAGCUGAUCAUGCUCAAGAGGAAUCACGAAGAGGAGAUGGCUCUGCUCAGGAGUCAGAUGGGCGGACAGGUCAAUGUGGCCGUGGAUGCUUCUCCCGCUCCAGACCUGAACCAGGUCAUGACAGAGAUCAGGGAUCACUAUGAGGGUGCUAUCAACAAGAACCGCAAGGAACUCGAGGCGUGGUACCAGAACAAGAUCACAGCGGUGGAGCAGGAUGUGGUGACGCAGACAGAGACCCUUGCGACGACCCGCAUAGAGAUUAAGGAGCUGAAGAGCAAUGUCCAGAGGCUUCAGAUUGAACUGCAGUCCCAUUUGGCCAUGAAAGCGUCUUUGGAGGGCACCCUGGCAGAGACUCAGGCACGCUACUCUGCACAGCUAGCCAGCCUCCAGAACAUGGUCACAAGCCUGGAAGUUCAGCUGUCCCAGCUCCACGCCAACAUCACCAGCAACAAGCAGGAGUACGACAUGCUGCUGGACCUCAAGACCCGGCUGGAGCUGGAGAUCGCAGAGUACAGAAGGCUGCUGGAUGGAGAGGAUGAGAGUACAAAACAAGUGGUCACAAAGACCAUCGUAGUGGUGGAGACGGUCGUGGAUGGAAGGGUGGUCGAGAGCAGCAAGACCGUUGACGUGGACGUGGAUGAGAUUGAGGGAUAAACUGAAAAAACUCAAUAAAGAUCAUGCAGUUGAAAUAAA